AUGCUCUCACGCGGAAAGUCCAAGGAGCGGGCGUCGACGCGGAAGGUCACGCCUCCGUCGCCCAGCUACAUGUCAAACGAUCAGUUCGCUUCAUACCUGGCCGAUCUCAGGAAUAACCGCAUAAGCCGCCCCGGCGGCGCCAGACCACAGCCAAACCUUGGGCGCCGCGACUCUGGUCGGCCCUCCAUGACCAGCAACCGGUCUUCUCUUGGUGGUGCCGUAUCCCCCUCGGAGACCUCGUCAGUUAUUCGCCCGCCAAAAAGCCAAUCUCCAGUACCGCAGAGCCAGUCACCCGUACCAAAAAGCCGAUCCCCAGCACCAUACUCGGUCGGCAGGCCAUCCCUUGCCGGCAGCAUCUCCUCCCGAUACUCUGGCAUGAGCAUAAGCACCAGGGGCCGAGACUACUACCCCGAGAAGCCGACCAGCCCGCCUUUGAAGCCUUCCGUGGUUGUUCCGAGUGCGACGUACAUUGAGCGCGGCCAGAGGUGGAUGGAGAAGGAAGAGGCCUUCUCGCUCAAACAGGCUAUGGACGACAUGAGUCUGCAGGAGCAGAACGAGGACGACAAGGGCAAGGAUAAAGAGAUGGACGAGGACGAGAAGCGCCUGCACGAGGCCGCCCUGACAGAGGCGGCCGAGCUCGUGUGGAAGCACGAGAACGGGGUCAAACCGCCCGAGCCUGGCGCGCCAUACCGCUACAAGCCCCAUAUGCGCAAGAACAGCUACGCAUAUGCAAGAACUGCAAGCGCCGGACUCUAUGGCGCCGACAUCGAACCGACCGGCCUUGGUAGGAACAUGGGCUCGCGGUCUGUCUCGGGAAGCUCUACCUCCAGUGCUGGCUCUGCCCACGGGCGUGCGUCACCACCCGUGGCCGCAAGCAACACCACGGUUGUCAGCGCCGGCAAGCGCGGUCGCUCAAGCCUCGACAGGUCACGGGAGAGCUCGAUGGACUUGGAUCGGUCCAAGGGCUACCGCGGGCUUGCUGCAGGCCCUAGGCCUAUGGCAAUCAAGCCGCCCUCGAGCCGCCGCCGAACUAGCCUUAAGAGGAAUAUCAGCGGCGAAGUCGAGCGUCCAUUUUCUGGGGAUCAGAUAUGGGAAGAGCCCGAGGGCUCGACGCCCGCCAAGAAGGCAGCGGCAGCGGCCUCGGAGACAGACGGCAGCGAGCCUCUGCAGAACAAGCCUAAGAAUCCACUCAACCGCGUCUCGUUCAUUCCCGAGGCUCCCGCCAAAUCAAAGACCCCCGAGCCGACCCAGCAAGCACCUGAGCAAACGCCGCAAUCCGCCGUAUCCAGACUCCUCUCGAGGAUCGAGAUACACAGGAAUCCGCCGUCCCAAUCCCGCAACCCUCAGUACACCACAAACACGGGUUCCAGCUCCGACAACACCACUCCGCCGGCUCCCAAGGAGGAAGUGCCUAGGAAGAACGGCGUUGAGGUCAGGGGAGACGACAUACGAGAAGCCACAAGCAUGAAGCUCAAGGACCGCAGCCAGAAACUGCCGACCCCGUCCUUCGUCAGUAACACGCCCGGACGGCCCAUCGUAAGCUUUGACGCAAAUUGGAAGGCCCCCGACAAGGCGGCGACUGAUGAGAAGCCAGACCCCAGAAUGCGCAGCCCCUUCUUCCGCAACCGCGAGGCCAGCAAACCCCAAGGAGAGCAAGCGGCACCACAACAGCAAAGCCCGGCCGUCUCUGCUGUCCCAGCUGUGGCGGCUGAUCUCCCGGCGCCACCGGCGCCAACACCGCGCCGUGAGCUCCCGACCCCACCACUUCAGAUGAAUGACUCUGGCGCUCGCCCGUCAUCCUCCGUCCCCGGCGUCACCGUUUCUGAGUCUCCAUCUCCAUCUAGGCAUCCUAGAUUCGUGCCCUCGGCGGCCACACCUUCUCCGCCGGUGCCCUCGGUGUCAGCCUCCUCCGCUUCGGUUCCCUCUUUCUCGGUCUCGUCUCCGUCGAUAUCGGUCUCUGCGCCUUCCAUAUCUGUAUCGGCGCCCUCUAUCUCCGUCUCAGCGCCCUCAAUAUCUGUCUCGGGCCCCUCGGCCUCAAUACCUGUCAUCGUGACACCCAAUGACCCGAGUGAUGGCCCCAGCGUGCCAGUCAUCGUCACGCCGGACGAGCCACCCUCUACCGCAACCCCGUCGGCCCGACCGCUCCCCACCCCGGUGAGGGGGCCUGUUGGUCAAGUGCGACAAGCCAUGGCUCGCUCGCGAGGCCACUGGUCCCCAGCGCCAGCUCCUGUAGGAAGCCGCGCCACCGCGCGCUGCCACGAAUGCAGACUGCCGAUCGAAGGGCGCUUCGUGGCCCUGAGGGGCUCCAACGAGAGGUUCCACCCGCAUUGCUUCUCGUGCUACACCUGCGGCACGUCCCUGGAGGCGCUCGAGAUCAGCCCCGAGCCGGAGCCGGCCAGGGACGCUCGACUGAACCGCAUCCGGAGGCGGGCGGCGGGCGAGCUGCUCGACGAGGCCCCCGGCCAGACCAUGGCCGAGGACGGCGACGAGCGGCUGCGCUUCUUCUGCCAUCUCGACUGGCACGAGCAGUUCGCGCCGCGGUGCAAGCACUGCACCACCCCAAUUAUCGGCGAGCACAUUGUGGCGCUCGGGGGGCACUGGCACAUUGGCCACUUCUUCUGCGCCGAGUGCGGCGACCCCUUCCAGCACGGCGCCACCCACAUCGAGAAGGACGGCUACGCCUGGUGCGCCGGCUGCCAGGCCAAGCAGACGGAGCGCCGCGCCCCAAAGUGCCGCCGCUGCAAGGGCGCCGUCAUCGGCCAGUACGUGCGCGCCCUCGGCGCUGAGUGGCACGACGAGUGCUUCCGCUGCGCCACGUGCGGCGGCGGCUUCGACGACGGCCAGGUCUUCCCUCGCGAGGCCGCCGACGGCCUCAUCGAGAUUCUCUGCACGCCCUGCCGGGCUCGCGAGCUCAAGGCUUGAUCGGCACCGACAUUCGGGCUGGCAUGAAGAUGUCUUGCUACGUCCAGCCCCUCUGUGCCGCGGUUUCUCUUCUUCCACUCCCACUUUUUUUUCUUGGACCCCCCUCCCUAUUUUCCACUCCUUGAUGCCUUUCCCGACCACGAACGACAAUGACGACAAACAACAACAGCGUUCACUUUGUUUGCAUCUGGUUGCAUUUCACGUGAUUCCUCUAGGUUUUCUAGAGACCUUCUUGUUUUUGGUGCUCUUUUUUUGCAUUUGGGUUGCCUGGAGGCGGCAAACCUCAGCCUGCUGCUGCUUGUUUACAAAAACGCAUUUAAUAGAGAGAAUUGAUACGAGACUGCACCUCGGUAUCUUGACUGUGUGACGCUUGAAUGAGUAAGCAUACGCCCUCCAUGACGACCCUCAACGUAUCGACCCGUCAGCCUCGUC